AUGCUUCGUCGAUUAGCUUCAGCUAGUGGUUCAUGGUCAUUAUUCUUUUGUAUGUUUCAGCAGUCUUGUUUGACUAGUUCUUCUGCCAGUCUUCCUGUGAUAGCUGUUUGUGGGGCUACGGGCACUGGAAAAUCGAAAUUGGCAAUAAGUCUUGCCAGUGUUUUUAAUGGUGAAGUCAUCAAUUUUGAUGCAUUGCAGUUGUAUGGUGGCUUAAAUAUCGCAACAAAUAAAGUAUCACCUGCUGAGUGUUUGGGCAUUCCCCAUCAUCUUAUAGGCAUCUUUCCUCCUGAAGAUGCGCAUAAAUAUGAUGUGCACUCUUAUCGAGACAUUUGCUUACCGUUAAUUGAGGAUGUAAGAAGUGUCAAGAAAAAGUUGGCUAUCCUUGCCGGUGGGACGCAUUAUUACUUAGAGGCAGUUCUGUGGCAAGACUUUUUGUCAUCGAAACGUACUACUUCUCAUACAGCAGAGAAACUUAAUAGCGAAGUUUCGUUUAGCAAUGCAAAGGAGUCUUAUGAUCUUUUGAGUGCUUUAAAACCCAGUCUAGCUGCACAGUUACAUCCGAAUAAUGUUCGUAAAGUUAGGAAGGCUCUUCUCGAUGUCCUGUCAGAUAUCUACCAAACGGAACAACAAGUUGAAUCUGUGAAAAAUAAUGAGGACGUGGAUUCAGAGAAGCACCUGCUGAAUCGGUCUGUUAAACCGCGAUAUCCUGGACAAUCUCUCAUAUUAUGGUUAGACUGUUCUCGUGAUGUUCUAAAUACCCACCUGAAUAAGCGAGUCGACAUGAUGUUAGCCUCCGGACUCAUCAGUGAAUUGGACGAUUUCCUUAUGGAAAUGAAGCCUGUCAAUGCAUUUUCAGCAUCUAAGUGUAAUGAGAUUGAGACCACUAACGGUUGUGAUGAUGUCAAAAAAAAUCGAGUGGAAAAAUUGAGGAGUUUAUUUUCCGAAGAGUUGGAGGCUAUUUCAGAUCCCAUGGUACGUCGUGGCUUACUUCGGAGUAUUGGAUUCAAGGAAUUUUCAGACUACUUAGCUUUACUGCCAAGUGAGCGUGAUAGUCCAGAAGCAAUACCUUUGUUAACUGAAGCAGUGAAGAAUGUUAAAUUAUCUACUCGGCAGUACGCUCGUCGCCAAGUUUCUUGGAUAAGAAAUCGGUUUCUACGACGUCCUAUGGAAGGCAGUAUUCCUGUGUACCGUAUAGAUGUAACCGACUUUCUACAAUCUGAAUCCUUAGAAAUUUGGAACAAUUCCGUUGUUGCACCAACCGUUCGACUGGUAUAUAGUGAACUAAUGAAAACAAACGGUUUUCAUUUGGAAAGUUUGCAAAACAUAGAUCAUUUGAAAAGUUUACUUAAUAUUUGCCCUGAAGACUGCUGUCCAUCGGCGGAACCAUUGUUACAACCCAAGUUGCUCUUCGCUCCCGAUGGGACUCAGCCACCUUUCAUUUGUUCGAUAUGUUCCGGUAAAGUAUUUACACAAAUAGAUGCUUGGCAAGCUCAUUUAAAAUGUAAAUCCCAUCAGAAACGAGCUGCUAAACAACGUAAAAGGUUAAUCAUAGAAAAAUCAAUGUAA